CCAAAGUGGCCCUCCCUCGAGAGCCCUCACUUGGCCACUGACUGGACCACCAGCAGGUGUUUGGACGUCGCCCUCUCCCAGUGAAGGGUCAGCAACAAUGUCACACAAGCAGCUAGAAGCCAUUCGUGUCGAGGUGACAACUGGUGACACAAGAGGUCAGGAAAGGCCAAUGCCACCACCGCUUGCCACCACCCAGCCGCCGGCGGCUCCCAGCUCCAUCCUGGUGAGGCUGUGCACGCUGUCCAGGGCGCAGCCCCGCGGCGGGCGCCGGCCUCGCCCCCCUGCUGGCCAGGGGUUGGCACAGCGGCCGCUGCCCGCCCUCCAGCCGCUCCCGACCGGGGGGGCGCAGGUGCCCCGGGCGCCCAGCCCCUCGGCCGCGUCCUCCAGCGCCGCCGCGCGGGCACCGGCGUCCGGCUCGCCCGCGGAACAGACCGGGAAGCCACGCAGGCCUUCCAGAGUGAAGACGCGUUCCGGACGCAUAUCCCGACCUCCCACGUUCAAAGCCAGGGACUACAGAUUCAUCAGGACGGAGGGCUUGCUGGACGGGCACCCGUCCGACUCCGACGACUACUCGGAGCUGAGCGUGGAGGAGGAGGAGGAGGAGCAGCGGGAGCCGCGGGCGCUCCUCCCCGUGGAGAGCGGCGCCCUGCGGCCCAGGGCCUUCAAGUGCCCGGCCUGUGCCAAGUCUUACAUCGGGCAGGGCGGCCUGGCCCGCCACUUCAAGCUGAACCCGGGCCACGGCCCGCCGGAGCCCGCCCCGUCCCCCGGCAGCGGGGCCCCGGCCGCAGCCCAGGGAGGCCUGCAGAAUGGUCGGUCUGUGGCAGCUGAAGAAAAUGGAAGUCAGUCAGCUCUUUUGGGACCCGAGGACCAAGGCCCUAGGAGAAGCGGAGGCUCAGAGACCCUGACGGAGGGCGGCACAGUCACCUUCCCGGGGGGCAGGGCGGCCCCUCCGCACCGGCGCCCAGCUGGGGCUGCGGGGCUACGCGCCCAGCUCGAGGAGUCUCUCCAGCAGUGUGCCCGCGAGGAGCUGGUGGAGCUGGUGCUGCCGCGGCUGGCCCGGGUAGUGACUGUGUAUGAAUUCCUCCUAACGAAGGUUGAGAAGAGUCAUCUAGCAAAGCCUUUUUUCCCAGCCAUAUAUAAGGAAUUUGAAGAGUUGCACCACCUAGUUAAGAAAAUGUGUCGAGACUACCUCAGCAGCGCGGGUCCACGCUCGCCAGAGCCCCUGGAGAUCCGCGAUCGCACGGUUGCCGAAUCCUUAGGAAUCACAGAAGAAUUUCUGCGGCAGAAAGAAAUCUCCCCCGACUGCACUGCACGGAAGGACCACGUUAGCCGGGCGAUGGACGUGGACAAGCCAGAGGGAGCUGGCCGACCAAAGAGGGACUGUGAGGCUGCAGGCGAGGGGCUGGCCACGGGGAAGAGGCCCCGAAGACACGCGGGGCCAUGGGACAGCAGAGGCCUAGAGGAGCCCAGGCCGUUGUGCGGCCCAUCUGCCAGUGAGGGUUUUCCGCCCACCGUCAGCGGGCAGGGCCCUCUGCUCGUGGCAGGAAGCUGGGGGAUGGUGGUGUCCGAUGGAGAUGGAGGGGCGUUACCUGUGGGCCAGAAGCUGGUGGCAGAGUCGUCGUCUGCUGACUUGGAAGUGAGAAGCGGGACCCCAGGGCCUGCGCUGCUGCGUCAGCACGUCAACGCGCCUGCUCAUUACACUCAGCCAGGGGAGCCCUGGGCUCUGCCCUCAGCCCCCGUGGCAGUGAUCCCCGAAGAGAAGGCAGCAGACCGGGGCGCUGAAGACGGCCAGAUGCACCUAGGGGAGAACGGCGCCCCGGCAGCGGGUGGAGGAGGGGAGCCCCCACAUCUCGCGGAGGGUGGCCCCUACCCGCACCACCCGCAGGCCCGCCCCAGCCUCGAGGACGAUUGUGUCUCCAGCACUGGGCCUGAGCCAGAGCCUCAGCUGGGCCCCGACUGGCUAUGGUCAGCUCAAGGGAGCACGGGAGGCCAGCGCUCCCGCGGGAGGGCUGCUGUGGGGGACACCCCGGCUUUCACAGUGACCAGCGGAUGCCAGGAGGAAUGGGGGGGUGUCCUUAUUCAGACUUCCGACGGAGAUGUCUUGUCCUGUCCAGGUUCCUCCGUGUCUCAGGAGGACGUGGUCCUAGUGACCCACACGGGGGCCGGGGGGGCAGUCCUGAAGGUGGGCCUGCCCGAAGGGGCUCACCUGGGAACCUUGGGGACAUUCUCACCAUGAAAACAGAGUCUUCUCCGUGACGAGCAGGCGCAACCUCUUAGAUCUGGAUAAGGCAAGGUGUGUUUUUCUAAUGUGAAUACUGACACAAAUGAGCGUUUUAUUUAUAAAGAAUAAUGUUUGUCUCACUCUCUGUUGUUCAGAAGAACUCAUUACAAUCAUGGCAGUGUAUUUUUUUUUUUGGUUGUUUUGUUUUG